AUGCGUUUCACUCAGUUUUUGGUGGUGGCCACUGCGUCGUUCUUCCUUGCCAGCGAUGUUUCUUCGAUGACCGCCGACUUGAACCAGGACUCGAGGGUUGCCUCGCCCGCCAACCCAAGCCAGCGACUUCUGAGGGUCCACCACGCAGCUAUCGAAGCCGACUCUGAAGACGAAGAACGAUCUCUGACUACGCGGGAAAUGAAGAACAUGAUGAAGAACUUGACGACCAAGGAGGAAUUUGCCUCAACGCUGGGUAUUUCGCAGUUGAUCAACUCCGACCUGAACGGGGGUGCUUUGAUGAGAUAA